UUUUUUUCAUGAAUAUUUGGAUAUGUUUAUAUAAUAGGACAUUGCGCAAUAGAACAUAUCCAUUUUGUACCGGCUUCUAUUAGAGAAGUCAAGUGUUUUUGUAAGAUAUCGUUCUUUUGACGUGAGCGAUAAAUACGUAUCUUGAUAUACUGGGUGAUAUUUUGCCAACGGGUGUUCAUAUUAAUUUAAACAGAUGAAUCAAUUCGUAAAUCGUGCCAUUACCGUUCACGGGAAGUCAUCGCUAGGUUCUCUCGUUCGAAAUUUUCACUUAUCAUUGCAAAACAUGGUUAUCGCUGUUGGUAGCAAGUUACCCUCUGUUGAUCUUUUCGAAGAUACUCCGGCAAAUAAAGUAAAUCUAGCCAAACUUAGUGCUGGAAAAAAAAUUAUUGUUUUCGCUGUACCUGGUGCUUUCACUCCUGGUUGUUCUAAGACACAUUUGCCUGGUUUUGUUCAAAAAGCUAAUGAAUUAAAAAGUAAGGGAAUCAAUGAUAUUUAUUGCGUCAGUGUAAACGAUGCUUUUGUUAUGGCUGCCUGGGGUAAGGAACAAGGCACAUCAGGAAAGGUACGAAUGCUAGCAGAUCCUGAUGGUGCCUUUGCAGACGCUUUAGAACUCUCAGUUGAUUUACCAGUCUUAGGUGGAAAACGAAGCAAACGCUAUUCUAUGGUUGUCGAGGAUGGCGUUGUAAAAGAACUUAACGUCGAGCCAGAUAAUACAGGACUUUCUUGUUCGUUAGCUGAACAUAUUAAACUUUAAAAUGUGAAAAGUUUCUUUUAUUCUUAUAUAGUAAUAUUUUUACUAGCUUCACCGGUUGUCUUUUUCCACACUUAUUAUUAAUUUAUCAUAGAUACGUCUGUUAUUAUGUAUAAAAUUUUCUAUUAUAUAUUUAUUUGAAAAAAUUUCAUAAAAUAAGUUUUAUACAAAACGUACAUUAUUUAUGGAUAAUAGAAUGUAUAUUAUCUGUGAAUAUCGACAGUUUAAGAUCAAUGAAAGUUCUGAGAAUUUCUUGGUCAAUAGGUCAACAAGUAUAUUAAGGAUAAUAAAACUGAUUCAUAUUAUUUAAUUGACAUUAUGUUGCACAUUGAUUUAAUUAUAUGUAUUAAAAUAAUAUAUGAUAGAAAUAAAUCGCAUUCUAAUUA